AUGGAAUUGGAUAAACAUGUAUAUGUGCCAUUUGAAGUGCACGAGGACAAAUACACAGAUAGCUUGUUACAACACUAUUUCGCUCAGUCAGUGCGUGAUUUUGAAUUGAUGCCUUUAGUCUACGACAAACUGGAUAAUUUCACAAUGGCACCAUAUAUUGACUUUAUCAAUCAUUCAUGUGACGACCAUUGUACUUUGAAAAUUGACGGCAAGGGGUUUCAAAUUACAACAACUACGGAGCUUACUACUGAAGAUCAACUAUACUUGAGUUAUGGUUCCCAUUCGAAUGGUUUCCUAUUGACUGAGUACGGAUUUACCAUGGCAAAGAAUAAUGCAUAG